AAAAGAGUCGACACACCUUGGCGGUCUGUUCUACAAAUAAAGGAACAUGUAAAGCCACAAUGGAGGGCUUUGUACAAGUCACCAUUAACAAAAAAGUGUGGGGAUUUACAGUGGAGGAUUUUACACGGUUGUGUUCGAGUUGUGCAGGCUUGUGUCACCUGACUUAAAGAAGGCAUUGUUUGAAGGGCUUGAUCAGCACCUCCCACGGCUCCUGCAGUUGUACAACACCGAGAGGCAGUGAAAUACCCGAAAUCCAACAUGUGAUGACCCGCAUUGAUCAAGAGACAGGAGCCUGUGGUUUCCUACUCUGAACGCUGUUCGAGCCAUGUCGACUUCAGGAGGCCCCACUCCACCCUUCACCACCCUGUCAGUCACCCACCCAGCCAAUCACAUCACUCCUGUAGAGCUGCACCGACCAGAGAAACGCAACGCCAUGAACUAGGCCUACUGGAGGCACGGAUGCUGAUCACAAAGGAGAGCCUGAUGACCACGAUCGUCCGCACAUUCGAUGAUCACCUGAGACAUCGAGACCAGCAGGGACAAUUUCAGUUUGAACUCUACAGUGCACAAAAGAUAUGUCCUGAUUAGCCGUUCAACAGAGUGGACCGACAAGCUCAGGGAGAAGUUUCUGGAAGGACUUGAUGCUUUCUUGGAGCCGCUCAAGGCCAUGCAGGUAUGGACCCAGUAGUACGCGACGUGGACCAAGACAUAGAGAUGGAACCAUUGUGGGUGACAGCCUUCACAUUGCAGAUGAAGCUCACACACAUUAUCUCAGUGAUGCAAGAGUGGUGUGCCAGUGAUAUGAGGACUCGCUCGAGCUUCACAUGGUGCGGCUGGAACUGGAAAAUGUGGAGAAGCAGAUCCGCGGCCUACUUGACAAGCAGGCCCAGCUGCUGGAGCAACAAACUGCGCUGGAAACAUCUUGUGCCUCUGCCCACAUAUCCAAGGUAAGCACACAGCGUGGUAUUUCCACUCCCAGCCCCUCUACACCGUGUGUUUCUCUGUGCAGGGACCGUGCACCUAGGACUUUCCCAGCCGUGGUCUCCGUCACGCCGGCGCCAACACACCUCGGGCCUUGGGUGAACCAGCGGCGGAAGGCGCGGGCUGGACCCUCUCCACCUCCGGUGUUCGAGAUUCCAACCAGGAACCGCUUCGCCCCUCUCCGCCAGACCAGACCCAACGCUGUGAUCAUCGGAGACUCCAUUGUGCGGAACGUCCGUGUAGCCUCAUCUAAAGGUAAGGUGCGCACACACUGUUUUUCUGGUGCUUGUGUCCUUCAUGUCGCUGCGCAGGUAUCCGGGAUCCUGAAGAAGGACGAGCGCACUGGAGCGGUUGUGCUGCACGCGUGGACGAACGACACCAGGCUGCGGCAGACGGAGGUUCUGAAGAGGGACUUCUCCAGCCUGAUCGAGACGGUACGAGGCAGAUCACCCACUGCGAAGAUCAUCGUCUCUGGACCUCUUCCCACAUACAGACGUGGAGCAGAAAAGUUCAGUAGACUUCUAGCAUUAAAUGAUUGGUUAGUCUCUUGGUGUAAUGAGCAGAAUCUGGUGUUUGUCAAUAACUGGAAUCUGUUCUGGGAGCGUCCUAGGUUGUUUCGUCCUGAUGGCCUGCACCCCAGCAGCCUUGGAGCGGAACUGCUUUCAGACAACAUUUCCAAGGCGCUACACUCCAAGUGACUGCUUACCGUAAGCACAUCUUCCAAUAAUAACAGCAUUCAGUAUAAUCAAUGUUCAACUAAAAAUCCGGCAAAGGUAAUACAUACUAUAGAGACUGUGUCUGUUCCCCGAGCUAUACAAAUAUAUAGAAAAUCUCGGAAAGUCUAUCUUCGUAACCUAAUUAACAUAAAAUUAAAUCAUAUUGAAUGCACAGCCAGCACUUUUGAUCUGAGGCUAGGACUAUUAAACAUUAGAUCUCUUGCGUCUAAGGCUCUUAUUGUUAACGACAUCAUUACUGAUCAGGAAUGUAAUUUAAUGUGUUUAACAGAAACUUGGAUUAAACCAAACGAGUACAUAGCAUUAAAUGAAGCCAGUCCUCCUGGAUACAGUUAUGUACAUCAGCCUCGUUCAGCUGGUAGAGGAGGAGGUGUUGGUUUCAUCCAUAGUAAAAAUCUAGUCGUCACACAAAAACCUAAGCAUAAAUUUAAUUCUUUUGAAAUUCUUUAUACCAGUAUAACUUAUGUAGCCACAAAAAAUAAGUCAAUUCCUCUAAUUAUUAUUUACAGACCCCCAGGGCCAUAUACUGAAUUUCUUAGUGAAUUUGCAGACUUUGUCUCAAACCUGGUUGUGUCUGUAGAUAAAGCAUUAAUCGUCUGUGAUUUUAAUAUUCACUUUGAUAUCCAGAAGACCCUCUGAGGACAGCGGUUGUGUCCAUCUUAGAUUCAGUAGGGAUUAAUCAGAACGUAAUCGGGCCUACUCAUAAUGGUGGUCACACUCUUGACCUCAUACUAACAUACGGACUAAGUAUAGAAAAUAUUAUCAUUUUUCCGCAGUCUGAAGUUGUCUCAGACCAUUAUCUUAUCUUGUUCAUAAUACGUAUUGAUCAUAAUAUUUCCACCUCACCUCGCUACCGCAUAAAAUGUACCUACACAUCAGCUACUGCACCGAGCUUCAUAAAUAACCUCGCAGAAACAUCAAUUAGAUUUGGAUCACCAUCAGAUCACAUAGAACUCGAUCAGGCGACUGAAAGCUCGGAGUCAACACUCCGCUACACGCUAGAUAGAGUGGCUCCACUCAAAAGGAAAAUAAUUAGAGAAAAAAAAUUAGCAAAAAUUUUCUGUGAUCCGCCACGCCUACUUAGGUCAAAAGAUGCAGGCUAUCUGAUGGUACCUCGAAUAGUGAAGGCUACAGCAGGGGGAAGAGCCUUCUCUUAUAGAGCCCCACAGUUAUGGAACAGUCUUCCUAUUAGUGUUCGGGACUCAGACACAGUCUCAGUGUUUAAGUCUAGGCUUAAAACAUAUUAGUUUACUCAAGCCUGACUCUAUUAUGCUAAUUCACAGUCCUAAUAAUCUUUUCUCUCCCUCUCUCCUUCUGCCGAGCCACACACGAAUUUAUGGAGAUACUAGAGAUCCUGAUCCUUUCUGCCUCUGGAUGGCGCUCUCAUCUACUGCAAUUCCAGACUGCUGAGAUUACGGCUGCUCCUAAGGCCAAACAGACUUCAUAUAAAUCCAUAAUGAACUUUUUCACACUAUCUGUUGCUACCCAGAUAUAUUUAAUAGUAUUUUAUAUCUAUCUAUCUAUCUAUCUAUCUAUCUAUCUAUCUAUCUAUCUAUCUAUCUAUCUAUCGCUCUCUCUCUCUCUCUAGCCUCCUCACGGGGGUCGGUCUUCUUAUAGGAGAUAGCCUCCUCACGGGGGUUGGUCUUCUUAUAGGAGAUAGCCUCCUCACGGGGGUUGGUCUUCUUAUAGGAGAUAGCCUCCUCACGGGGGUUGGUCUUCUUAUAGGAGACAGCCUCCUCACGGGGUUUGGUCUUCUUAUGAGAUGUUCUUCUUAAAAGGGAUGAGAAUCUCAAAAAGGGGAUGGGCUUCUAAAAGGGGGUGUGAUUCUCAAAGGGGAUGGGCUUAUUACAGGAAAGGGUGUGAUUCUUAGAGCAGAUAGGCCUGGUAAAGGGGACGGGCUUCUCGAAGGACUUCUAAAAGGCACCUCAUGCUCAUCACCACCAUUUUGCUCCUCCUCAUGCUGGUCAGGCAUGUGGACGUCAUCCUCGUAGUCACUCUCCACGGUGUUGUAGUACAGCUCGUCGGCAGCAAACGGCGGAUCAGAAGAUGUAUCCUCCCUCCGUGUUCCUGUAUCAAAAGAGAUGAAGAGACAGUGAGACACAUCUGCACGUCUCGUAAAAGAAACCAGAAAAUCCUCCCUCUAAACUGUCCUUUUCACAAAACGUAUUUACACAAGUUAAUGGUAAAUUACUGUCAUCUUCCUAUAACGGUGCAUACAUCCUCAGUAUCUCCGUUAUAGCUGCAUGUAGAGGUGUUCGAUACGGGUGUUACAGUGUCACGACUUCACUGUUAGUCACGGCAUAUAAUCACACACUUACCUCACUGCUCACUUUCCCCCUUGCCAACAAACAGAAUAAAACACAUUUCUGUCUAUUACUGUUUUUUUCUGAUCUCUAACGGUUCUUAUCCCUUUUAUGUCCAUCUGUGGCUCCCCAAAAACUCUUCCCACCCUCUUUCUCCUAAAUCACACAACUCCUAACUUCAUCACACAUCGACGGCUAUGAAGAACAAAUCAUCGCUGACCAGAAUUAAACCAAACUACUCUAUAUUUUGCCUAAGCAGCACUGCACACUGGUCAGAUUUAUGAUUAUUUAUUUAUUGCUCAGUCAGCUGCA